UUUGGUUUUUUAUUCUGAACUUUGGCCGCGAAAGGAAGUGUAUUUGAGUGAAGAAAAGAGAGACAGAGUCACAGAGAGGAUGUCUCCGCCAUUACCACCAUUGAUCGUUCUCUUCUUGUUCUUCGUCCAGCUCGGAGCUCGCGUGGAUGCUCUCUAUGGACCCUCAUCUCCUGUUGUUCAGUUAAAUCCUUCCAACUUCAAGAACAAGGUUUUGAAUUCAAAUGGAGUUGUUCUGGUUGAGUUCUUCGCACCAUGGUGUGGCCACUGUCAAGCUCUGACGCCCACAUGGGAGAAGGCAGCAACUGUAUUGAAAGGUGUAGCCACUGUAGCAGCUCUUGAUGCUGAUGCACACAAAUCACUUGCUCAGGAGUACAAGAUUCAAGGGUUUCCAACAAUAAAGGUGUUUGCACCUGGCAAGCCUCCAAUAGAUUACCGAGGAGCAAGAGAUGCCAAAGGCAUUGCAGAAUUUGCACUCCAACAGAUUAAGGCUCUUUUGAAAGAACGUGUUCAUGGAAAGGCAUCAGGAGGCUCAAGUGAGACAUCUAAAUCAAGUGCAUCAAUAGAACUGAAUUCUAAAAAUUUUGACGACAUGGUACUUAAAAGUAAAGAUCUUUGGAUGGUGGAGUUCUUUGCACCCUGGUGUGGACACUGUAAAAAGCUGGCACCUGAGUGGAAGAAAGCUGCAAACAACUUGAAGGGGAAGGUGAAACUGGGCCAUGUCGAUUGUGAUGCAGAAAAGUUUCUGAUGAGUAGGUUCAAAGUGGAAGGAUUCCCCACCAUCCUGGUAUUUGGUGCUGACAAGGACAGCCCAACCAAAUAUGAAGGUGCAAGAUUUGCUUCAUCCAUUGAAUCAUUCGCACUGGAGCAGCUGGAAACAAAUGUGGUGCCCCCUGAAGUGACUGAGCUCACUGGUCCAGAUGUAAUGGAAGAAAAGUGUAGUUCAUCUUCCAUCUGCUUUGUUGCUUUCCUCCCCGACAUUUUGGAUUCUAAGGCAGAGGGAAGGAGUAAGUACCUUGAGCUCUUGCUAUCCGUUGCAGAGAAGUUCAAAAGAAGCCCAUACAGCUAUGUUUGGGCAGCUGCAGGUAAGCAACUAGAUCUUGAAAAGCUAAUUGGUGUUGGUGGGUAUGGUUAUCCUGCUUUGGUUGCACUGAAUGUAAAGAAACGAGCUUAUGUUCCACUGCGGAGUGCAUUUGAGCUUGGGCAAAUCAUAGAAUUUGUCAGAGAAGCUGGGCUAGGUGGGAAGGGAAAUCUGCCUAUGGAGAAUGCCCCUGUGGUUGUGAAGACAGAGCCUUGGGAUGGCAAAGAUGGAGAAAUCAUGGAAGAGGAUGAAUUCUCACUUGAGGAGCUCAUGGGAGAUGUCUCCGCAAGAGAAAACGAUUUGUAACUUAUGUAGAGAAUGUAAAAGAAUAGGAAAAAAAAAA